GUGAAGAAGCUCCAUUCAACCCCCCUUUUUAUUUCCUUUCUCUCCCUCACAUCUUCUUUGCCCCCCACUCUCUCUCUCCCCCUUCUAUUCCCUGAAGAAAAAAAGAUCUUUUUGUGGGAUGCAGAAUUUUGUUCAAUAUCCACGCAUUCUCUAGCGGCUCCACCCAGUUGCAAGGUUAUUCGCCGGAGAAAAGAUGUCGUCUGGGUUUCCCGGCAGCGUGCCGGAUUUCUACGGCGUCCCCGACGGGAUCUCGAACGGAAGAUCCGUUCCCGUCAACGGCAGCAGCGUCAAUCUUCUGCAGGGCGGCGGCGGCGGAGGUGGGGGAGUGCAGCUUCCCUACGGCUCUCAGAUUCCCGGAAUCUUAACUGACCCAGUUUAUCAGAUCGCCCAUCGGCGGUCUGAUUUGAUCGGGAAACGACCCCUCGCCGACUCUCAGCAACUGCAAUUCCUCCAGCAACGGCAAGGGGCGUUAGGGUUUUAUCUCCGGAACGUUAAGGCUAGGAAUUAUCACCACACUUCUCCGAUCUCUCCCCUGUCUCCGGUCGAUUUCUCGGCGGUUUCCUCCAUCUCUUCUCAGUCGAAUUCGUCGGCGAUGAAUCCCAGGUACGGUAUUCCGGUUCUCCGGCAGCUCCGGCCGCAUCUCUCCUCCCUGCCAGCUGGAAACGUUAACUUUAACGGCGUUUUACAUUCGGACGCAAUUAACCCGAAUUAUGCUUCCGGGUUUUCUUCUCAAAAUUCACCUGUUCAAAACAGAGGAGCUUUGGGCCCGGAAAUGGCGUCUGUUGGGCUUGAGACGGAGAAGAAGAUGAUGAAUCAGCUACACGAGCUUGAGAAACAGCUUCUGGAGGAUAACGACGAGGAGGAGGAAGGGAAUACGGUGGUCUCCGCCGUGACAAACAGUGAAUGGUCGGAGACCAUACAGAGUCUGAUUAGCCCGACGACCCAUGGCACGACCGAUUGCCCGAACCCGAAUCUCAAACAGCAGAUUUCUCCAUCUCCAACUUCGUCCUCAACGUCGUCCUGUGCUUCAUCCAUGGAGUCGCCGGCGGUCACGUGCCCAAAGCUGGCCAUAACGGAGGCGGCCACAGCGGUUUCAGAAGGGAAAAACGAGAUUGCCACGGAGAUUCUCACGCGCCUCUCCCAGACGGGCAACCCCAAAGGCACCGCCGAGCAGAGACUGGCGGCUUACAUGGCCUCUGCUCUCCGAUCGCGCGUGAGCCCCACGGAAUAUCCUCCCCCCGUACUGGAAUUGCAUAGCAAAGAACACGAUUUCUCCACCCAGAAGCUCUAUGAGGCCUCGCCGUGCUUCAAGCUCGGCUUCAUGGCGGCCAAUCUCGCCAUCCUCGAAGGGGUAUCCGACCCGAGAUUCCGGAAGCUUCACGUUGUAGAUUUUGACAUCGCCGAAGGAGGGCAAUACUUGCAUUUGCUCUACGCUCUUGCGGCGAGAAAGACUGAGAACCCUCCGGUACUGAAGAUCACGACGUUCUCCGAUGCCGGCGCCGGCGAACAAUUCCAGGCCUUCAAAGCCGCGCUUCAAAAGCAAGCUCAAGCCCUCGGUGUGUGCCUGAACAUGAACAUUGUUUCCUGCUCGAUUGGGGAGCUGAGCCGCGAGCAGCUCGGGGUUGAACCCGACGAAGCCCUCGCCGUGAAUUUCGCUUUCAAAUUGUACAAACUCCCUGACGAGAGCGUCACGACGGAGAAUCUGAGAGACGAGCUGCUCCGGCGCGUGAAGGCGUUGUCGCCGGAGGUGGUGACGGUGGUGGAGCAGGAGCUGAACGGGAACACAGCGCCCUUUGCGGCGCGCGUGAACGAGGCAUGCGGUUACUACGGCGCCCUGUUCGACUCCCUGGAAGCCAUCCUUCCCAGGGAUAGCGCGGUCCGAGUCAUAAUCGAGGAAGGACUCGGCCGGAAGAUGGCUAACUCGGUGGCUUGCGAAGGGAGGGACCGAGUUGAAAGAUGCGAAGUGGCGGGCAAGUGGGGUGCACGACUCAGCAUGGCCGGGUUCAACUCGAGGCCGAUGAGCCAACACGUUUCGGACUCGCUCCGAGCCAAACUCAUCACCGGCACACGUGGCAACCCAGGAUUCACCGUGAGUGAACAACCCGGCGGAGGAAUCGGCUUUGGUUGGAUGGGACGAAUACUCGCCGUCGCAUCCGCGUGGCGUUAACGCUCGGUCCAAUUUUACUACGACAAGUAUUAUUAUUA